AUGGCAGGGCCAACUUCAAGUAUAAUGUUAGAGAAUGAUUUCGAGGAUGAGCUUGCGGAGAGUAUGCAGUCAUACAAUAAAGAAACUACAGAUAAGUUGGCUCUACACAGAACCAAGAGUGUAAAUCUAGAACCGGAGAUCACAGCUCCCCCUCAUUCACGCUUUUCCCGUUCUUUCAAGACGGUGUUAAUAGCUCAGUGCGCUUUCACUGGGUUUUUCUCUACUAUAGCAGGUGCCAUCUACUAUCCCGUUCUGAGUGUUAUAGAAAGAAAAUUCGACAUUGACGAGCAACUGGUGAACGUCACUGUUGUAGUGUAUUUUGUAUUUCAGGGUCUUGCUCCCACAUUCAUGGGCGGGUUUGCGGAUUCGCUAGGUAGGAGACCAGUUGUGCUUGUCGCAAUUAUCAUUUAUUGCGGUGCCUGCAUCGGUCUUGCUUGUGCUCAAACAUACGCUCAAAUCAUUGUACUACGGUGUCUACAAGCAGCCGGUAUUUCACCUGUGAUUGCGAUCAAUAGCGGAAUUAUGGGCGAUAUUACCACAAGAGCCGAGCGCGGUGGGUACGUUGGAUAUGUGGCUGGAUUUCAAGUGCUAGGUUCUGCGUUCGGAGCGCUUAUCGGUGCUGGGUUAUCAUCUAGAUGGGGAUGGAGAGCCAUCUUUUGGUUCUUAGCAAUUGGGUCUGGCAUUUGCUUUUUAGCCUCGUUUCUGUUAUUACCAGAAACAAAGAGAAACAUAUCAGGAAAUGGUUCUGUGACCCCAAAAUCAUACUUAAAUAGAGCACCAAUUCUUGCCUUACCAAUAGUAAGAAAAUCAUUGCAUUUGGAUAAUCCAGAUUACGAAACUUUGGAACGGCCCACGCAACUAAAUUUAUUGGCGCCAUUCAAGAUUUUGAAAGCUUAUGAAAUUUGCAUACUUAUGCUAAUUGCGGGAUUACAAUUUGCCAUGUAUACCACUCACCUUACAGCGUUAUCCACAGCUUUAAGUAAACAAUAUCGCUUGAGUGUUGCAAAAGUAGGAUUAUGUUACCUUCCCUCCGGUAUUUGCACUUUAUGUAGUAUUGUCAUUGCUGGAAGAUAUUUGAAUUGGAAUUACAGGGGAAGAUUAAAAAACUAUCAAAAUUGGUUGGACAAGAAGAGAUCAAAGCUUUUAGAGGAACACGACAACGACCCUAAUGUGGUGCAGAGUAUUAUAGAGAAUGACCCCAAGUACACCUUUAACAUCUUUAGGGCGAGAUUGCAACCUGCAUUUGUCACCUUAAUAUUAAGUAGUAGCGGAUUUUGUGCAUAUGGCUGGUGUAUUACCGUGAAAGCUCCCUUAGCGGCGGUUCUUUGCAUGAGCGGAUUUGCGUCGCUCUUCUCCAAUUGCAUUUUGACUUUUUCAACCACCCUAAUUGUUGACCUUUUUCCUACAAAGACAUCUACAGCUACAGGAUGUUUAAACCUUUUCAGAUGCAUUUUGUCUGCUGUGUUUAUAGCUGCAUUGAGUAAAAUGGUAGAAAAAAUGAAAUACGGAGGUGUUUUUACAUUUUUGGGGGCUUUAACCUCCUCCUCGUCAAUACUUUUAUUUAUUCUCUUGAGACAAGGUAAAGAAUUAGCUUUCAAGAGGAAAAAUCAAGAACUGGGCGUAAAACAAGAAGCAAAGCUUCUUGAAACAAAGGAAGAUGUUCCUUUUGAUCGCUUCACUACCGAGGAAGAAGAAUUGGAGUGA